AUGCUGGAGAAGGUGGACGUGAAGUUGGGGGCCACGUCCUGCACACAGGGGGAGCACACUCACCUCCGCCUGGAUGGCCGCAGCAGCAGAGGCUUUGCUGAGGACUCCCUGGCUCUGCCAAGGGGCGCAGACCACUGCCAGGGCUUGGUGCAGGUCCAGGCCCGAGGGCAGCAGGGCCCUGUGUGCGGGGACUGCGGGGGCCUGGGUGAAGCAGCGGUGAUCUGCAGGCAGCUCGGCUGUGGCCUCGUCCGCGCGGCCCCCACCUACAUGGUGUGGCCCCAAGCGAUGCCGCGGUCCCUGCUCCAGGGUGUGUGGUGCCAGGGUGCGGAGGCCUCGCUCCGGGAGUGCGCGCUGGGGCCGUGGGGGCCACUGCGGGGCUGCGCGUGCAGGUGCAUCAGCGCCGUGCUCUGCUCGGUGGGCCUCGCACCGCGCUGCGCCCCUCCCCUGCCUGAGCCAGCCCCCAGGUGGCAGCCCAUGACCCUGGGGCUGCGACCCUCAGACCCAGGCGCCCAGACCCACCUCAGCCGGUCUUCUGAGGGCCGAGUGCCUGAGGUGGUGACCUGCCAGGGAACAGAGUCCAGCAUCUUCAACUGCAGGUUCAACCUGAACUUCCUGGGCCUGUGUGACCUCCCAACAGACACCCGGGUGGUGUGUUCGGGACACACAGAGGCCUGGCUGGCGGGUGGUGAGCACCCCUGCGCUGGGCGCCUGGAGGUGAGACGCAGCCUGACCUGGGGCACCAUCUGUGAUGCCCAUCAGGACCUGGCCACGGCCCGCGUGGUGUGCCGGGAGCUGCAGUGCGGCAUGGCUGUGUCCAUGCCUGGGGAUGUCCAUUUCGGCCGGGGCUCCGGGCCCGUGUGGACGGAGGCCUUCCGUUGCACCGGCAAAAGUCCCUGCUGUUCCAAUGCCCUCGGGGGCCACGGGCACCAGUGUGGGCAUGGCCAGGACACUGGGCUCAGGUGCUCAGGGGAAAAGUUCUGGCUGGUCAGUGGCAGCAGUGCCUGUGAGGGGCGCAUGGAGCUCCAGGUUCAGGGGUGCUGGGCGCCCCUCUGUGCUGCCCACUGGGACUUAGCAGACACCACGGUCCUCUGCCAGCAGCUCAACUGUGGCAACACGGUGGCCACGCCAGCAGGAGGCCAUUUUGGGGACGGGGACGCAGGCAUCUGGCCCAACAUUUUUCACUGAGUGGGGACCAAGCCCUACCUGUGGCAUUGCCCAGUGAGCACCUUGGGGGCCCCGGCCUGUGCCCGUGGCAACGCGGCCACCGCGGUCUGCUCAGGUCUGGGGAGCUCCAAGGCACCUCCUGGAGAACCCCCUUGUGACGUCCUCGGGGAGCUGCCUCCAGCUGUGCCAGAUGAGGAAAUUGCGGAGCCUGAGCUAAGCCCCCGGGCCAGGACCCACCCGGUGCUGAAGAGCGGGCGGCGGGCGGACACCUUCCCUCCUCUGAUUUGCAGCAGAGAGUGA